AUGUCUCGAAGGAAACAAGCUAAGCCGAGGUCUUUGAAACCGGAAGAUGAGGAAUGGAAUGAAGAUACUGCGGCAGUUGAGGGAGGGAGUAAGAGGACUUGCAGUGAUCAGGAAGAGGGUGACGAAGAAAAUGACGCAGCUGAAAAUGACAUGCAGGAUGAUGAUGAUGAUGCUCAACGAAAUGAAGACAGCAAAGCGGAUGACAACGAGGAAUGCAAUGCUGAGGAUACUUUUGAAGUCAGAAGACAAGCAGACAUCUCAUCUUCAGUCUGCUUGCGACCACGACCUGUUCAACCAGGUCGAAACGACAAGCCUACCAAAAUGGUGAAGAUGGUGAGCGGAAUGAAACAAAAGAAGAAAACUAUCAGACAGAGGACGUGGCAGGAUACCAAACAAAGGGAAAUUUACAUUCAGGAAACGCCGAAGGACAACUCUUGUCGAAUGACGGGCAACAAUGCUCGCUAUGCUGGUCGGAUGGAGGCCGGUGUCUCGGCCGGCAUGUGGCUAAUUAAAUGCCGAUGUUCGACAUCGGGGGUGCAUUCGGAAUUUCACGCGGCGCCUGAGCGCGUGCCGGCGACACCGCGCCGCGUGCCACCUUGUUGUUGCGUCAACAAUCCCGAAUUGUUCACAAACUCCGACCCGAAUUCUGCCAAUAAUUGUGAUUAA